CGGGAAUGCGCUGCCCCAAACACCCUCCCUGGUCCUGACAUGAGUUCCAGCUGCCGCGCUGAGUCUGACUUCCAGCUGCCAGGAGCCAGUACGCAGAGAGUCCAGAGGAGUAGCCAUCCAGCAGGACCAGCCAACGCCUGGGUCCACUAUGAACUGGGGGAUCUUCGAAGGGCUCCUGAGCGGGGUCAACAAGUACUCCACAGCCUUCGGCCGCAUCUGGCUGUCUCUGGUCUUCAUCUUCCGCGUGCUGGUGUACCUGGUGACGGCUGAGCGAGUGUGGAGCGAUGACCACAAGGAUUUUGACUGCAACACCAAGCAGCCGGGCUGCUCCAAUGUCUGCUUUGACGAGUUCUUCCCCGUGUCCCACGUGCGCCUCUGGGCCCUGCAGCUCAUCCUCGUCACCUGCCCCUCGCUGCUCGUGGUCAUGCACGUGGCCUACCGGGAGGCUCGGGAGAAGAAGCACCGAGAGGUAAUGGGGGAGGACGGCGGGCGCCUCUACCUGAACCCCGGCAAGAAGCGGGGUGGGCUGUGGUGGACGUACGUCUGCAGCCUGGUGUUCAAGGCCGGCGUGGAUACCGCCUUCCUCUAUGUGUUCCACUCCUUCUACCCCAAAUAUACCCUCCCUCACGUGGUCAAGUGCCACAUAGCUCCAUGUCCCAACACGGUGGACUGCUUCAUCUCCAAGCCCUCGGAGAAGAACAUCUUCACUCUCUUCAUGGUGGUCACGGCCGCCAUUUGCAUCCUGCUCAACCUCGUAGAGCUGGUCUACCUGGUGAGCAAGAGGUGCCGUGAGGGCUUGGCAGCGAGGAGAGCCAGGGCCACAGGUGUGGCCCACUGCCCGGACUGUGCCACCUCUUCCUGCAAGGGGGACGACCUCCUCUCAGGCGACCUCAUCUUUCUGGGCUCAGACUCUCACCCUCCUCUCUUACCAGACCUCCCUCGAGACCACGUGAAGAAGACCACCCUGUGAGAGCCGCCCAGUCAAAGCCGGUGGAGAGGCCUGGCGUCUCCCACAGGUGCAGCCGUGGGGGCAGAAAGCAGGGAGGGUUCGGCACUGGCCCCAGCUGUGGGGCCUUGGGCAAGUCACCCCUCCCUCU